AUGCUGGAAAUUGUUUUUCUACAGCGUCCGGUCCUUUCUGCAGCAGACACGCACUGUUCUUACAGCAUCGUGCGCGUCUCGCUGGUUCCGCGCGCAGCGUUGCGGCGUGGGAUGAUGGGGGUUUGGGUGCGCGGGGGGGAUGUGUGUGGUUGA